ACAAAGCCAAACUCGCAGGGUAUAUAAGCCUGACUCGCACCCCGAACUCCCAGUUCACGUUCAGCCUUGAACGACCUAGCCUUUGAUUCUCAGCCUACAUAAUGCCACUUCGCCGUCAGAACGCCAUGUUGAAUGUAUGCGCACUGGGAACUCCGGCCCUCGCCCCUCCAAGCCACAUCGUCCGCGGAGCCUCAAACAUCGAGCAGCUUGUCACGGCGAUGGAUAACACGAGUAUCUCCUCCGCCCCUCCCCCAAACGCCCCCCUCAAAAAGUCGCUGUACAAAGCAAAGAGAGGCCUGUCCAACCCCAAAGCCACCUCAAAACGCAAGGCUCUUCCUCUCAAGGCAGAAUACAGUUGGAUUGUCACUGACCCCUGGAUCUACACUUCGUACAUUAAAAGUGGGCGGGCCAUGUGCGUAGGCUGCGGCCACCCCAUCCAGUUCAGCGACAGCAUCUCUUCGUGCACAGCCAGAGAAGAGUGGUUCGAGCAUAAGAUGAAUUGCAAAGUGAUAAGCCUCCAGAAGACAGCGAAGCAGCAGUUUGGACGGGUUGAUUUUCAGGGUUGACUCCCUCCUGUGUCAACGUGUGUUUUCACAUCUUGCAAGAAAUUUGGCAUCAAUGCAGAAUUAUUUGCACUUCUCAGUUUUCUCACAAGUCUUUCUGUUCUCAAUAUAAGAGUAUUGCACACCGAUAGAAUUUAUCAAGUUUUUGUUUGAAAAUCCAUAUGCAU